ACAAAUUCCAUUCCUUCUGUGUUCGUCUCAACAAAAAAAAAAAUGAAAUGGAAUUGAAUCGCCGAUUCACCUCCCGAUUUUAUCUUUACAUAUUUGACCGUUUGUAACUAUACCGUUCCAGCCUUCCAGGUGACGAUUUGAACGCUUUGUAUCUUAACUGUUAAAAGAACGCUGUAUCGAAGCAGAUUUAAAAAUAAAGAGGUGUAGCAAUCGAAGUCAAAUUUUGAGUCUUUACUCCAACAAAAGUUGUUUUAUUGGUCAUCUAUCGCCAUGUUUCAUCGUCUGUCAGCCUUGAUGUUACCUAAAUCAAGAAGGUUAUUUUGCAGUAGCAGCAGCCAUGAUCUUGCCAGCACUAUUGCUGAACUUAACAAGGAGAUGGAAUUUGUUUUCGGUGAAGCUCCACCUACAAGUAUUACCGGUUCAAGCGAAAGUCAACCCGUUUCUCAAGAUUCCGAGUUCAUAUCCACCGAAAAUAUAAAAAAUGAAUCCAAACUGACCCAUGUUAGCGUCAAAGGUGAAGCACAAAUGGUGGACGUCUCUCACAAAGAUAUUAGCAAAAGAGUCGCUAUCGCUAGCUGCAAAGUUAUUUUAGGAAAAACUGUAUACGAUUUAGUUUCCGCUAACCAUAUUGCAAAGGGAGAUGUCCUUAGUGUGGCAAAAAUAGCAGGAAUAACAGGAGCAAAGCAGACUAGUAACCUUAUCCCGCUAUGCCACAAUAUUGAUUUAACGCAUGUUCGGGUCGAUUUAAGACUGAACCAUGAUAAAUAUUGUGUUGAGAUAGAAGGGGAGGCUGCUUCAACGGGGAAAACUGGGGUCGAGAUGGAAGCGAUGACAGCUGUCACACUUGCGGGACUGACGGUGUAUGAUAUGUGUAAGGCUGCUUCGAAGGAUAUUCAGAUUACGGAUGUGCGUUUGGAACACAAAAUUGGAGGGAAGAGUGGUAAUUGGUCCAGGGAGAAAUGAUGUUAAAAUGGUAGUUUCAUGUUUCUGUUAUUCUUAAUAUAUGAGAAUGCUCCAUGAAGAUUAUGGAUGUACCAUGUGUUUAAGAUAUUGAACAUUUGACAUCCUUUUACUUUGCAUGAUAAAUUGCUCUGAUCUGAAUGAUGUGCAGGUGGAGGAUUUUCAGAUUUGACUUUGACCAUCUCACAUGUGGACUCAUGUAGGAUUUUGCAACUUGUUAUGGUUUUUAACUAUUAAUGUAAUGUAAUAAAUAAAGGUAGCUUUGCCAAGUGCUUUAUGAAAGUUGUACCUUGUGCUAUAAAAGUUCAUACAUUCUAGUGGAGUUGGAAAAAAACAACAGCAACUUUAAACACAUGGGUUUGGCCAAAUUGACCUACCAACACUAGUGUAUUACUGCAAUACUGUAUUCAAUAAAAUAGUUUUUAAGUUUUUGUAA